AUGGAUGUAACAACAAUCACAUAUACCAAAUAUGACACUAAAAGAGCUGCUCAGGGGAGUGGGUUAGGGUAUAGAGGGGGGGGUUUUGGUAACAGUGAGCCAAAACCUAACACAGAGGGUAGGAAGCCUGUUGAAGAUGAGGUCCUGGGACCUCAAGCAAAUAAAGGGGAGGAUAGUAAUGGGAAUAGAGUAGAGGGUAGCAAGGAGAAUGAUGGGUUGGUGAGUGAAAAGGUGUCAGGGUCUUUAGGAAGUAGCCAUAAUCCAGGAACUAUUAUACCUAGUCAGAGUCAAGUUCCAUUGGUAACAACUAGUGUCUUUGAUUGCAGAGAACCAGUUGUAGAGAAGUUAGAUGAUCUGAGUGGUGAUAAAACUGAUCUGAUAAUGUUAGACAAUCUGAUAGCUGUACCUGUGCAAGUAGCUACUAAAAGAAUUAUAAAAGAUCUUAACCCUAAGUCUGAGUCAUCUCAAGGGGGUAGAAAACAUAAAAUAGCUAUUAGAAAGGUCGAGAAAAAUCAAGAGAUGGGUAAAUCACCCAUCUCUCAGUCAGAUCAUUAUUUUAAAUAA